AUGACCGGGUCGUGGUUCAUCCAAUCCCUAUGCGAGGUCCUCCUCGACCAUUCCGACGAGGAAGACCUGCUGAGCAUGAUGACGGAGGUGGCCCGUCGUGUGGCAUUCGACUUCGAGUCCAACCUCCCCGACAGGGCGGGGAUGCACCGCAAGAAGCAGGUGCCUUUCCUCACGAGCACCCUCACCCGUCGAGUCUUCUUCAUCCCACGCGAAGAAGAGUCGCUCAGGAGAACCAUCAGGAGUGACUGCCUGACGGUGGUUUUCAUCAGUCAUGCAAUAAAUGGCUGGCUCUAUGCCCAUGGCCAAGCAUUUUCACCCUGUUUCCUUCUGACCCCAUUCAAUGACUACCGUUGUCUGUCUUUGGCUGGGAAGCCCAAGAUAUUCAUCUUUCAGUUGGAGUUUGAAGACUUCGGGCAUUCUGCUGCAAUCCCGGUGAAACGUAUCUAUGGAAAAAACAAGAUGAUGGCAUCUGUAAUAAAGGAUUACAUGAAGACCAGAAGACUCCAGGAGUUUGUGCAGAGGACUCAUCAGAUACCCCUGAGGAUGAUACGGCAAAGCUGUGCAGCUGCGAGGUCUUUUUCGACAGAGGCAAAAGAUGUCCUGAAGAAGCAAAUCCUAUGGGAAGGACAAGACAUGGGUUGCCUAACUUCUGAUUCUCGUCGCAUCUAUGCCCGGGACCGUGAGAUUCGAUGCAAAUUACUUGAAACAGCUUAUCAGGAGAUGAGAGUAAUUUACGAGCACAUGAUUUUACAGAUCCAUGCCUAUUCAUAUGAGGUUGUGGCUGGCCAGCAUAUAGUCCAGGCUAGAAAAGAACUGUUGGAGGAGACACCAACUGGUAAAGAUACUUGCACAUGUGCCGUCUAUGUGGGGGUCACGGAAGCAGAGAAGCGGAUGCUGGCUCUACAUAAUGCCAAACUUCAAGCAGUUCCUUAUAAUGUGCUUGAUGUUCUGCAAAAAUACCAUGAGAUGCAGGAAGCUGCAACUGAUGGGGAAAUUCCAAAGGAAUACACCGACACUCUGAAGGAAAAGAGACAAGUAAUCAACAACUUGCUCCGCAUGGGACCUCCAGUGGUGAAGGUAUUCCUCAUGAUGGGUAAACGACUUGAAGAUGCCGACCCAGGCUGUGUAUCUAAAAAACUGUACCACCUGAGACAUUUGGGCAACCCAAGCAUUUCCUCAAAUGAUUUCCUGGAAAGCCUGAAGGUGGUGAACUGUGCUGGUGACAUGAAGAAGCUUGGGAAUAACCUGGAAGAUGUCAUCCGGAAGAAGACCUUAAGAACUUCAUUUUCCAAGCUUGCUGGAAUAAGGGAGGAAGAGAUGGACCACAGGUAUCCACAGCAUGUGACAGACGAGGCACUCAAACCUUUCAUGAGAUUGAAAAACCCAGAGAAGGAGAAAGAAUGGAAGGGCUAUGUGGAACUAUGUAUAGGCAGACAAGUAACACAGAAUACUGAAGAACUGGGAGCUAACUCUGAGAUAAUCACAGUUCUUGGAAGUCACCUUGAGAGCUUAGGAGAAGCUGAAAAAUGCCUCUUAGGUCUUCAUGACCAUCAGGGUCGCUUCCAUGGUGACAAAAAUAUCCCCACAGCCUUCAUGGUGGAUGACAUUAAACAGGCUGCAGCCAUCCAGGAAUCCCUUAGAAGUCACUGCCUUAAAACUGGUAUUGCCAUCAUCGACAAGGCUGAAAGUGAAGGGGAACUUUUCGCGCAACACCACGCAUAUGCUGUCGUUGCUAGCACGCGCAAGAUUCCUCUAGCAACAACUGUCCUAAGCAGGAAGGAGUUCCUCACCUCUAUUGGCCAAUUAAAUGGUUGGCUUCUUUCCAACAUUAGGGGAUUGAAGAAACGGGAGCUGCCAUCCCCAUUGAAAUUAUUGUCCCCCGUACCUGUGGAGUUGGAGGCCCCCGUGGAAGGGAUAUCUUCAGAGAGGAUGGAUGAGGCAGAUUUGGGAUCAGAUAAUGACAUAACUCAAACUAAUGCCGUCAUUGUUCCCAGGCAGCAACUCUCUGAGAGCAUUGUCGCGGGCUUCUGUGAUGACAUUGAAUUGGAUCUUCAAGGGUGA